CGUUUUUUCGAUAGAAUAUUCGAACAUAGCAUAAACAAAUCCUUAGUGUUCUUGUAAUGAAAAUUGUUGAAAUGUAUUUGAUAUUUUUCAGUCAAAUUUCACUUGAAUCAUUUUGCUGCCCGAUGUUCUAUAAAUGAUUACAAUUUCCAUUUCGUUGAACUAGGUUCUGAGAGAAGUGGCGUUAUGAUUAUUGUUAGAUUUGUAUGCUAUUGAUAAACCGGCGAUUUAAUUUCUACUUGUAAUGGACGAUGUAGAGGCCCCAGUUUUUUAUUACGAUGAAAGUGAUUUUGUGGGACACGAAUAUCUACAGGACGCAGACUAUGAAUACGAAUACGAGGAUAUGGAAAGAGAAACCGUCUACGAAUUGUAUCAAUACUGCCUUGGACCCACCGUUUAUGAUACAGCCUCAUAUAUACUACCGUUAUUUAUUUCUACUGUUAUAUUUAGAUUAUGUGCUGGUUCUCAACGCAUAUCGCAUAGAACUUUCCAUAUAUUAUCAAUGUUGAUUGGUUUAUACAAUAUCCAUCACUAUGUAUCCGAAUGCUUAUACAUAUUACUAGUAUUUUGUACAUUUUCAUACAUCACUUUACACCUACCUACACGAUACUAUAAGUGUAUAAGAAUAUUUUUGCCAUCUCUCUUUAUUAUUGCAUAUUGUGAAUUUUCCAUGCCACCGAUAGUUUGGCAUAAAAUACGCAGUGUGGUGUUGACAAUGGCAAUGAAAACAAUUAGCAUAGCUAUAGAUAAAAUUGAUUCAAAUGAUUUACCCGAUAUCUUUACUUAUAUGGGAUACACUUUUUGCGGAGUUACAUGUCUUUUUGGUCCAUGGAUAUCGUUUAAGGAUUAUAUUUCCAUACGUUACUUACAUAAUCAGGAUAAAUGGUGGAUACUGUAUACCAUUCAAUAUGCAUUUUUAUCCUUUCUAUUUUUAACUAUGUCAAAUUGUUGGACUCAAUGGAUAGCAAUGGAUAAUUCCUGGAAAUGGUUACUAGCUUAUAGAGAUGCAUUAUCUUUUCGAACAUCUCAUUAUUUCAUUUCAUAUAUUGCAUCCACUGUAUUACUACUAGGGGGAUUUCCACUUGCGCUAACCGUUAUAGUAAAACCAUUAAAAGUAGAAUUUCCACGGUCGCUUGUACAAGUUGUUAUUUGUUGGAAUUUACCGAUGCAUUUCUGGUUAAAAACGUAUAUAUUCCGUCCUAGUAUUAAUUAUGUAGGAAAAUUUGGAGCUGUGACAAUUACGUAUUUGACAAGUGCUCUUCUACAUGGAUUAAACUUCCAAUUGGCAGCAGUCUUACUUAGUCUUGGAUUUUAUACAUACGUAGAAUUCCAGCUCAGAUCUAUACUCGCAAAUACUUUUGACGCGUGUAUCGCGUCCAAACAGUGUACUAAGAAUAAAUGUACGCAUACAUACAAAACUCACACUUCAUGGUGGGUGUUUUUAACAAAUAUUAUGUUUUCUGGAUUAUCAGUUUUCCAUUUAGCUUAUUUAGGUCUUAUGUUUGAUACAUCUGAAUUACAAGAAACAGGGUAUAGUUAUGUUCAUACUAUUGAAAAGUGGUCCCAACUUGGCUUUGCUAGUCACUGGGUAAUGUUUGUUACAUAUUGUAUAUAUUAUUUAAUUAGAUAAUACAAGGUAUAUAUAUAAAAUGUUCAUUAAUUUUCAAAAAUAUACUCAUGACGUUCGAUAUCGAAUCAAGAAAUGAUCGAAACAUACAAAUUUAACACAUUAUUUAAAUCAAUUUUAAUAUAAAUUUUUAGCUUUAUAAUUUUACACAAAUGGUUUAUAUUUUUUACUAUGUUUUGUACUAUUUACUAUGAAAAUAAAGUGAAAGGAAGAAA